UGAAAAUCAGUUUGUAGAGGUGGCGAGCCACACUGCUCGACGGACGCCAUUCCGCCUUUUGCCAUGUCCAACCCGCAUCUCAAGGCCGCCAAGAAGGAGGCCAGCAGCGCCAAGCUCGGCGCCGCCGACGGCGAGAGCAUGCCGCUGACCGGCCACGGCACGCGCACGGUCAGCCAGUGCGAGGCCAUCAAGGACGUCAUUUUCGGCAGCAACAUCAACGCGCUGCUCCUCGUCGCGCCGUUCGCGGCCUGGUCGUACUUUGGCCACUGGUCGCCCAUGUGGGUCUUUGGCCUCAACUUCCUCACGAUGAUGCCGCUGGCCAACAUCUUGGGCGAAGCCACCGAGACGCUCGCCGAGCACACGGGCGACACGAUCGGCGGCCUCGUCAACGCCUCGUUCGGUAACGCGGUCGAGAUCAUCAUUGCGAUCUUCGCGUUGAAGCAAGGCGAGAUCGAGCUCGUCCAGUCGUCGCUCAUCGGUUCGAUGCUCUCGAACCUCCUCCUCGUGCUCGGCUGCUGCUUCGUGAGCGGCCACUUUGGCGGCGCGAAGGAGUCGAGCUUCAACGGCGCCGGCGCGUCGAUCAACAUGUCGCUGCUCUUUGUCUCGAGCUUUGCGAUGCUCGUGCCGUCGUACUACCAGUCGACCAUGACGCACGACACGCAGACGGAGCACGAGCAAGCCGUCCUCGGUCUCUCGCACAUCUCGGCCAUCUUCCUCGUCCUCAUGUACGCCCAGCUGCUCUUCUUCCAACUCUACACGCACAAGGCCGAGGUCGACGAGACGGAGGAGGAGCACAAGCCGGCCCUCUCGAUGGCGUCGUCGAUGAUCAUCCUCUGCCUCGCCACCGUCGCCGUCGCCUUCUUCUCCGAGUGGCUCGUCUCGUCGGUCGACGAGGUCACGGAAACCUCGGGCAUCCCCAAGGCGUUCAUUGGUAUCAUCCUCCUCCCGAUCGUCGGCAACGCCGUCGAGCACAUCACGGCGCUCAAGGUCGCGUACAAGAACAACAUGGAGCUGGCCAUGGGCGUUGCCGUCGGCUCGGCGACCCAGAUCUCGCUCUUCGUCGUGCCCGUCUGCGUCAUUGCCGGCUGGAUCAUGGGCCAGCCCAUGACGCUGGCCUUCAACACGUUUGAGGCGCUCACGUACAUCUUCUCGACGCUCAUCGUGUACGUUAUCGUCGCCGACGGCAAGUCCAACUGGCUCGAGGGCUCGAUGCUCCUGACGCUCUACUGCCUCGUCGGCCUCUCGCUGCUUGAGAUCACGAUCUAAGGCGCUUCCAUGUUGUCGAGCUUGAAUACGAACUACACUUGUUUUCACUCUUGCA